AUGCUGGCAAAACUUCUUGUAUUCCUUCUUCUGAUCUUGAACUUGGCACUUGGCCAAAUCACCAAGGAUCCGAGGUGCUUCGAAAAAUGCGGCGAGGGCGAGUCUUGUAUGAAGAUGUGGGACGGCUCCUAUCUGUGUCAGGAUGACCCGCUACUUCCUGGCCCGCAUCACCUCCUCGAAAAAUUGGUCAAGCCGCCGAGCGGGUGGCUGUUGAAGCUCAAGAAGAUGAUGAUAUAUGCGCUAUCUGUACCCGGUCAGGGAGCGAAUGCAUCGAGCCGGAUGGCCAAGCGUAACGCGCUGAUCAAGCCACCGUGCUCACUAUGUACCGGGUCGGGGAGGCAGUGCGUCUUAGAAAAUGGUCAAACGUCCUGUGGUGAGCCUCUUCUGAGCAGGAAGAAGCGUAACGCCCUGAUCAAACCGCCGGUGCAGUGCGUGCUGCCAAAUGGAAACAACGAUAAAUUCCUGAAAAAUGAUGAUAUUCUGGCUUCUUAUCGCCUUUUUGGUUGUCGAUAUUUAUCCGCGACAAUUUGGAAAGUGCCCAGAAUGCGACGGUCCAGACCAACGCUGCGUCCG